AUGUGCCACUUUCAGGUCUCUUCACACUGCUGGUGUGUUAAAUUUUUUGACAUAGGGUGCAGGCAGAUUACGGGCCUCACAUAGCUGCUGCCAGGCCCCUAAUCUGCCAUGGGCCCCUAUAUACCGCCUCCUCAUGCUGCUGCCAAGUCCAGAGUCUCUCAUGGGUCCCUGUACGGCCUCCCAUUGCUGCUGUCUCCAUCGCCACACUCUGCUGCCAUGUGCCACUUUCAGGUCUCUUCACACUGCUGGUGUGUUAAAUUUUUUGACAUAGGGUCCCUGUACGGCCUCCCAUUGCUGCUGUCUCCAUCGCCACACUCUGCUGCAUGGCCACUUUCAGGU